AUGCCGAAGCCUAGCAAGUUCGCACAUCUGCCGCUCUCGACCUCGGGACCGCAGGAGUGUGCUCUCACUGGCUCAUCACUCCUGCAAACACCGUAUCUGAAUAAAGGCUCGGCAUUCCCGGAGUCUGAACGAAAAGAAUUCAACCUUACUGGCCUCUUACCCUCCCGCGUUAACACCCUCGAGGAGCAAUGCGAGCGCGCAUACGACCAGUAUCAAGCCCGGAGCACGGCUAUUGGCAAGAACACCUUCAUGACGAGCAUGAAGGAGCAAAACGAGGUCCUGUACUACGCUCUAAUUCAACAACAUCUGAAGGAGAUGUUUCCAGUGAUCUACACACCGACGGAGGGUGAAGCCAUUCAAGACUACAGCAGAUUGUUCCGAAAACCCGAAGGCUGUUUCCUGAGCAUUGAUCGUCCGCAUGAGAUCGAAGAAGCCCUCGACCGAUGGGGCCUGAGCGAAGACAUCGACCUCAUUGUCUGCAGUGACGGCGAGCAAAUCCUCGGCAUCGGCGACCAAGGCGUAGGCGGCAUCCUGAUCAGUAUAGCGAAGCUUGUCAUCUACACGCUAUGCGCCGGCAUACACCCUAGUCGAACAUUACCGGUGAUUCUGGACGUCGGCACGGACAACCAUGAGCUGCUCAACGACGAACUAUACCUUGGUCUUCAGCGUCCGCGCAUCCGUGGCGAGGAAUAUGAUCGCUUCGUGGACCGCUUCAUUCACGCCUGCCGCAAACGCUUCCCAAGGGCGUAUAUCCACUUCGAGGAUUUCGGCCUACCUAAUGCGCGAAGGAUCUUGGACAAGUAUACGCCUGAGAUUGCCUGCUUCAAUGAUGACGUGCAAGGUACAGGCUGCGUCACGCUUGCGGCAAUCUACGCAGCGAUCCAUGUUGCGAAUUUGAAGAUGCAGGAUCUGCGAGUCGUCAUGUUCGGAUCUGGCACGGCGGGUACAGGCAUUGCGGACCAGAUACGAGAUGCCAUUGCCGUGGAGAGCGACAAAACUAAAGAAGAAGCGAUCAAGCAAAUAUGGUGCGUUGACAAGCCUGGUUUGCUGUUGCAGGGAAUGAAGGACGAUCUUACCCCUGCUCAACAUCCGUACGCAAAGCCGGACAAUGAGUGGGAAAGUGUCGAGCACAAGUCGCUACUCGAUAUUGUCAAGGCGGUCAAGCCGCAUGUGCUUAUCGGCACUAGCACGAAGCCCAAGACGUUCACGAAGGAAGUGGUGCAGGAGAUGGCGAGGCAUGUUGAACGUCCAAUCAUUUUCCCGCUUUCGAAUCCGACAAGACUGCACGAAGCCGAUCCAAAAGACUUGUAUGAGUGGACGGAUGGUAAGGUUCUGACCGCAACUGGCUCUCCGUUUCCGCCUGUUGAUAUGGGCAACGGCAAAAAGCGGGAGAUAGCCGAAUGCAACAACAGCACUUGCUUCCCGGGUAUCGGUCUAGGCGCCGUGCUCUCCCGGGCCAAGCUCAUGACACCCUCAAUGCUGGUUGCGGCAACGAAAGCGUUGGCGGGCCAAGCACCAGCGUUGAACGACCCAGACGCCGGGUUGUUGCCGGAUGUGGUAGACGUGCGGGAGAUCAGUGUCAAGAUUGCUGCCGCUGUCAUCAAACAGACGGUGGUGGAGGGCUUGAACCAGGAGACAGAUAUUCCCAAGGAUGAUGCGGACUUGGAGGAAUGGAUCAGGGAACAGAUGUGGGAUCCAGUGUACCGAACGCUGAAGAAGGUGUCGAGGGAGGGAGCCAGCCGGUCAGCGAGGGGUGAGGCUGGGAGCAGGGGCUCAGCCAAGGCAUGA